AUGGCCGCCCGAGCAGUACUGUCGAAACAGCUUCGCCAGGUUGCGGAUGCAUGGGCUCCGGACCCUAUGUUUGCUCCUCAAUUCAAGACCUUCUUGACCUCUCUAUCCGAGCACCCAAACCUCACGCGGGAAGCCGUCGAUGCCGCCCGUGCCCUCCAGGAUAACCGUAUUUUACAAAAGAUCCCCACACCCGAGAAGAUCAUCAAGCCUUCCGGCCGCCCUGAGCACUACAAGCGUGUGGCAGAGGGGUACGAACGCGCCCUGGAGGGUAAAAAGCGCCCAUACUGGAAGAUAUUCUUCAACAUCUGGUGA